AUGCUUAUCACAAGAAAAAUUCAUAUUAUCACUAUCACUAUUAUCAUUUAUGCUAUUUCUAACUAUAUCAAUGAUAAUUUAUAUACAAAAUUAUCAUUACAUUUUGAUUACAAUGUAAUUGAUGAUCGAUUUCAAUUAGUUUCAAACAUUUUCAGGAAAAAUUUUUUAAAUGGUUGGGAACGUGGUGGUGCAGCAUUAACUGUUUAUCAUAAAAAUCAAAAAAUUCUCGAUAUUUGGGGUGGAUAUGCAGAUGUACAAGCAGCAAGAAAAUGGCAAAUGGAUACAAUCACAUCAACAUUUUCAUGUUUAAAAAAUGUUAUGGCAUUAUGUAUUGCAUUGCUUGUGGAAAGAAAAUUAGCUAAUUAUGAUGAUUUAAUUAUCAAAUAUUGGCCAAAUUUUGGUGAUAAUAAUAAAGCUAAUAUUACUAUAAAAAUGUUAUUAACUGAUAAGAUGAAUUUGAAAUAUUUGAAUAAACCGCUUACUUUGAAGAAUGCCACUGAUCAUGAAGCAAUGAGAAAAAUCUUCGAGAAUGAACAACCAAAAUGGCUACCGGAAGAAAAAUCCGGUUGUUACGGAUCAUUAUUCUAUUGGCUUAUUGAUCAGCUUAUUCGACAUAUUGAUAAGCAGAAACGAGGUGUACAGCAAUAUUUUCAUGAUGAAAUAGCAUCUAAAUUUGGAAUUGAUUAUUCGAUUGGUUUAAUGAAAACAGAAGAAUAUCGCUUGGCCAGAAUAGCAAUGCCAUCUUGGUUUGAUAUUUUUAGUGAAAUCUAUCAGACCCCGCAUUUAAUGUCAAAUUUGUUAUUUCAAUUUUUCACACAUAAGGAUUCGAUAAUGUAUAAAGUAAUGAAUAAUUUAAAAUGGUUAAAUCCAAUUAUACCAUUACAAAUUAACAAUCCAAAUUUUCAUCAUUUAUUAUACCAUGGAUUUGGUAAUGCAAGAAGUUUAGCACAAUUAUUUCAUAUGUUAUCAACAGAUAAACUAUUAUCACCUGCUAAUCAAUUUCUUUUGGAACAAAUUUCCAUCAAUAGUACUGAUAUAUGUACAAUAAAACAUUUAGCAAAAAAUAUUGGUCUUUUAGUUUUUAUUGAUCAAUCACAGGUGUCACAUGCAUAUGGUCAUUCAGCCUUUGGAUGUCAACAAGUUAUUCACGACAGGCGGAAUAAUCUAACAAUUGCUUAUGUCACAAAUGCUAUCAAAGUUGGAGUUUAUAAUCAAUGUCGUACUUACAUUCGUUUACACAAUGCUAUUUAUGAUAUUAUCGAAAAAAAUUGA